AUGCCCGGCGCACAGCACCCACAGGCAAAGUUCGAUCCGUUACCGCCAGAUCUCGAUCUGCCGUCGCUGGUGGAUCGGACGCCGAAUUUCCGAUGGGCGCAGCGGGUAUCUCGAGCCCAGAUCCGCAGUCUGAGCCAGCAGGACUUUGAGAAGCUUGUCGCGAUCCAUGUCAUAGCAGGCGGCAAGCCCCUCGUCAUUGAAGGCUGGGACGCCGUUCUACCUUCCUCGCUGUUCAGUGCAGGAUGGCUCGAGCAUUCUUAUGAUAAGAAACAGGAGAAUGUCCGGGACAUUUCCAACGGCACUGAUAUCCCCAUGACCAUGGGACAUUACCUACGGUCUAUGAGGCAGCUCACCAACCAGUGGACCCCGAGUACGUAUCGCGAUGAGAGGCGCCAGCGACUUUACCUCAAGGACAUUGACUGUCCCGUGGAAUGGAGGGAGGCGCUGCAAAAGAUCAUACACCCUAAUCUAUUCUAUCUCAACGAAAAUGUCACCAGUAAAGGAGGCAAACGGAUGCACGACGACGAGGUUUUCGAGAGCGAGACGACUGCUGCGCCGGCCGGAGAUCUCAUGUCCAGUUUGCCAGAGGAAAUGCGAGCCCAAAAUCUCAUGUGCUACAUUGGCCAUGAGGGGACCUACACGCCAGCUCAUCGGGAGAUGUGCGCGUCACUGGGGCAGAACAUCAUGGUCGAGGCAUCGCGAGACGAGAAUGGGGAAAAAAGGGGGAGCUCGAUUUGGUUCAUGACUGAGAGCAAGGACCGCGAAGUUGUUCGCGAAUACUUCUUGUCGAUGCUCGGUCAUGACAUCGAGAUUGAGAAACACUUCGCGCAAGUCAACGCAUGGAAGAAGGCACCAUUCGACGUCUACAUUGUCGAGCAAUGUGUAGGCGACUUCAUCCUCAUCCCGCCUCUCGCCGCGCACCAGGUCUGGAACAGAGGGACGAGGACGAUGAAGGUCGCCUGGAACCGUACAACAGUCGAGACACUGGACCUCGCGCUACACGAAGCGCUUCCCAAAGCUCGCCUGGUGUGUCGGGAUGAACAGUAUAAGAACAAGGCCAUCAUAUACUACACGCUUCAGAAAUACCACGCAGAGCUUCAAGGCGCCCAGAAGAAAGCGGAGAUGGUCCAGAUUGGCUUUCCCGGCUUUGGGCGCGAUGUCUUUAGAAGCUCCCCGCGUGUGAAGCAGCUGGCCGCCGACUUCAAGAAACUGUUUGAGCUGUUCACCGAAAUUCUCGUUGACGAAGUUUUCGCCUUCAAAGAAAAGGACGUCGAGUUUCUACCAUUUGAUUCGUGUGUUACAUGUUCUUACUGCAGAUCCAACAUCUUCAAUCGAUUCCUGACUUGCAAACACUGCAUCAGGCCUCUGAUCAAUGGGGAAGAGGAUGCAUAUGACGUCUGCAUGGAAUGCUACGCAAUGGGCCGAUCAUGCGCCUGCCUUUCUGGUCUUCAGUGGUGCGAGCAGUGGUCAUGGUCCGAGUUGACUGACAACUAUGAAGCUUGGAGAGCAACCGUCAUUGCCAUUGAUGGCCAUGUGGAUUUGGAACGCUCUCCGCAUCCGCUCGAGGUAGCUAGACAGAGGACAGGGAAGAAAUCUCUUGCUCAGAUCUGCCAAGAGGCCUUACGACGCCGUCCAUGGAAAGAUAUUACCAAACCGGAGCGUGAAAUCACGCCCAGUGACAGUGAGCCGGGCGACGGGGAAGGCAAACUAACCAAGAAGCCAAAGAAGAAGAGAAAGAAGAAGGGCGAACUUCAACGAUGCCACGUCUGCUGUCACCCGGAUUACAGCUAUCGAGUACAUUCGUGUACGAAUCCUGGGUGUUCUGAAGCCUACUGCUAUGGCGUCCUAUAUCGGGCAUUUGAUCUAAUGCCGCAAACGGUCUUGGAAGACGAGCACUGGCAAUGCCCCAAGUGCCUUGGAAUAUGCAACUGUGGUCACUGCCGCCGCGCAGGUAUCACGCAGCCAUACAUGCCCAAAAACACAUCUCUCGGGCACGAUACUCGCCGAAUAGCCGACGACCGCAGCGUGGAGGCCCUCGUUGAUUUCCGAAUCCACAACCUGUCUUGGUUGAAGGCCGCAGGGGAGGAAAGCCGUAGCAGGGACAGCAAGAGAAUGCAAUUGCUACGGGAGCAGGCGGAUAAUGCCAAAGCGCAAGACGCGCUCACACAGGAUCAAGCAGAGCCCAGGAUGCACCCCAGUACUGUCUUCACCACGCAGCUGGAGGAGGCUCACGCAAUCAAUGGCUAUGGAGACCAAAGCCAUGUGCUCGGUCGGGAUGGAAACCCUCCAGAAUUCACUCUUGACGUGCCUAAUGGCCAACCUCGCGGUGUUGACAAUGCGCCGCAGGAGGCUGCGGCGCCUAUUGCGGCCAGCGCUGGUGAGGUGGUGGCGGAUUCAUCUCAGUAUCCCGAUCCAUCGGUAUUCGCACGCCAGCGCAUAGGAAUGGGUUAUUACGAGCAGGAUGACACUCCUGACAAGAUUCUUUUUGAUCCAUACCAGGCGCCUUCCACAGACUCGUUGCAAGCUGAUGAACCUACAGUUCCGGAGUUUGUAAAGAAGUCCAUCCGGGCAGCCAAGAGAAAAGCGAAGCGGGAGAAUGAAGAUCCCGAGUUCACACUUCGAAAGAGUCAUCACAAAAGACCCAAGCUCAUACCUGAGUCAUCCGAUUUCCUCGAUACCAUGGAUCCGGCUCUUUUUGCUGAUGGAGGCUCGGCAGCAAUGGCUACUCCUGCGGCUCCUCUGGCUCCCAUGGACAACGGAGCUUCGGCGACUUCGUCUGCAGCACCCGGAGAAGACCCUGAGCCCAAAGCCCCGAGAAUGACUAUGCCCCAAUAUGAUGCGAAUGAGCCAAUUCUUCGACAUGCUAAGCCACGAGCGUCUUACGUGGAGGAGACCGCUGUUCCUUCUUGGCCCUCCCCACCGCUGGCCGGGAGCUCAACGAAGGCUCAUACCUCAGCAAGUGGUGACAAAACUCAGGCUGUACAUGCGAAUGGCAAUGGACAGGAAUCGAGUAAGCCUGAGGAAAAACCAUCUGACCUUCCAACUCGGGAGGCAAAUGGGGACGUGGUGCCAAAGCGACGUGGCCGUCCCCCGAGAAAUUUGUCCAAGAAGGCCUCAUCAGCGAAAAGGAAUCACAAUUCGCCGCCGCCUCGAGCUGAUAGCCAGACGGGUAAGCGGCGUAGGGGACGCCCAAGAAAGUCAUUGUCUACAUCAUUCAUGGAGCCAGACGACAGUCACGAAGAAGACGAAGAUGACGUUGAUGCAGAGGCGGCAUUUGAUGAUGCCGAUGAUGCGGAUUUCAGCCCGGCUCGGAAUUCUCGGAGCCGACGCGGAACCUCUCUGGAUGUGGUCAUACCGGUACAUUCACAAUUCAUGUCCAUGGCUGAACGGAUGGCUCUUAAAGGGAGGGGCCGAAGCGCAGAGAAUGACCAGACAAGACGUCGUUCUCUGUCAAGCAGCUCUAAGGAAUCAACGGACGACGAGGAUAUACCUUCGAAUGGUCGCAUGGUCCGUAGCACCAGGCGUUGAGGAAAGAU